AUGAAGCGAGGCAAGAAAAACUCAGAUGUGGGUGAACCAGCGACCAACUCGGAUAAUCGAACCGGGUCUAGCGAAUUGGAACCGAUGAAACCAAGUUUGAGCUCGAUGAAAUCGAUGGGUCUACUUCUUGCCGUCCUAAUGGCCGCUUCGGUUAUGUUUUCUCUGUCGGUGGUACUCAGAGACCCACCUUCCGAUGAUGUUAUUGUUAAGAAGACUGAUGCAGCUUCUAGGGUUCUUCAGCUCAGAUUCCACCAAGCCAUUGAAUCAGAUGGUGGAUUAAGCGAGAAGAAGGAACAGCCCAGCGACAUUUUUAUCCCCGGGUUUGAUAAAGAGUCAUGCUUGAGCAGACACGAGGCGAGUUUAUAUCGAAAGGAAUCGCCUUUAAAGCCAUCUUCAUACCUGGAUUUUAGAUUAAGAAGAUACGAAGAUCUUCAUAGGCAGUGUGGUCCAUUCACUAGUUCCUAUAACUUAACACUGGACAAACUCAAGUCAGGAGAUCGGUCUGAGCCUGAUGGUGGAGUACUCUCUGGUUGUAAAUAUGUAGUUUUGUUGAACUCCAAUGGUGAACUUGGGAAUAAGAUGCUGAGUCUAGCUUCAGCUUUUCUCUACGCUCUCUUAACAAACCGGGUUUUGCUUGUGGAACCAGGAGCUGACUUGGCUGAUCUCUUCUGCGAGCCAUUUCCAAACACUACAUGGUUUCUUCCCUCAGAGUUUCAGCUCAACGAACAGUCUCUUCUUCGUGAUUCUGGCAACAAAACGUUUGCAUAUCGCCAUCUUGUUGGUGAUGAGCUUUUCUUUUGUGAGGAAAGUCAAGUUUCUUUGGAGGAGACCCUUGUAUUGAUCAUGAGAGCGGAUGGUUUCUUUGCCCCAUCUCUCUUCUUGAUCUCUUCAUUUGAGCAAGAACUUGAAAAGCUCUUCCCGGAGAAAGAAACAGUUUUCUACUUCUUGGGUCAGUAUCUCUUCCACCCAACUAAUGUUGUCUGGGGUCUCAUUACACGAUACUAUAGCGCUUAUCUUGCUAAAGCUGAUCAGAGAAUAGGAAUCCGUAUUGAGGUCUCUGAUACUGGAAAUGAUCGGUUUCAGCAUUUGGUAGAACAGAUUCUAGCUUGUGGAGUUAGACAUGAGCUGCUUCCUGAAGUAGACAAACAGAGACAUCAUCUCCCUUCAAGCCAAGUUCUAAACAGAAAAACAAAGGCACUGUUCGUCUCUUCGUCUUCUUCAGGGUAUUUUGAGAGUAUCAGGGACGUAUAUUGGGAAAACCCGGCAGUGAGGGGAGAGAUAAUCAGUGUUCACAAGCCGAGCCUCAAGGAAUACCAAAAACUCCAGAGGAACAUGGAGGGGAUGAGAGCUUGGACUGAGAUUUACCUUCUGAGCUGUUCUGAUGUGCUGGUGGUCACAAGCUCUUGGUCCUCACUCGUGGACGUGGCUCAUGGCCUUGGAGGGUUAAAGCCAUGGGUAUUGAACAAAGCUGAGAACGGGACUGCACAAGAUCCUUACUGUAUGAGAGCAAGGUCAAUGGAGCCCCGUUCCCAAACGCAACAGUUCCAUGGCUGUAAAAACUAA